UGCGAGAUCAUCUACAUGUUCGGUACAUACACGAAAAGGAUAUCAAAAGAUAUGAAGGUAGCCAUAUUAAUACUCGGGACUCUUGUCUCCGCGGCCCUAGCUGACCAUAGAGAUGGUCCCUCCAUUCCGAACAUGCCCGACUUAAACAAACUGAACAAUAUGGCUGGCGGAAAAAUGCCAGAAAUUCCCGCAGGCAUGAAACUUGAAGAUCUUAAAGACGCCUUUUACAACAUGCCCCCAUCAAUGAAAGACAGACUCAACGAAAUGGCACAAUCAUUUGGUAUGCAGCUCGAUGACGUGGAGGAUGCCCUGAACAACCCACCAGAAAAACUCAAGGAAUACUUCGAUAAAAAUGCCGCUGGAUCUUCCGAUGGAACAUUCAAAGUACCAUCAGGAAAUAGCGAGACUCCAUCCGGUCCAGCUGGUGGUCUUGACAUUAACAGUAUGCUGAAGAACAUGGACCUUGGUGCCAUGGGCAACAUGAUGAAAGGAAUGGACAUUGAAGGUAUGAUGAAGAACAUGGACCUUGGCGCCAUGGGCGACAUCAUGAAGAAUGUCGAUAUUGGCAGUAUCAUGAAAAAUAUGGAUCUUGGCGCCAUGGGCGACAUUAUGAAAAAUGUCGACAUUAAUAGCAUUAUGAAGAACAUGGAUAUGGGAGCCAUGGGUGACAUGAUGAAGAACAUGGAUAUUGGAUCCAUGAUGCAAAAUAUGGAUCUUGGAGCUAUGACCGAUAUGGUGAAGAAUGUCGACAUUGGCGGUAUAAUGAAGAACAUGGAUCUUGGCGCUAUGGGUGAUAUGGUUAAGAACGUCGAUAUUGGAGGUAUAAUGAAGAACAUGGACCUUGGAGCCAUGGGAGAUAUCGUAAAGAAUGUCGACGUUGCUGGUAUGAUGAAGAACAUGGAUUUGGGUGCCAUGGGAGAUAUCGUAAAGAACGUCGACAUUGGAGGUAUGAUGAAAAACAUUGAUCUUGGUGCCAUGACAGACAUCAUGAAAAAUGUCGACAUUAACGGCAUCAUGAAGAACAUGGAUAUGGGAGCCAUGGGUGACAUAAUGAAGAACAUGGACAUGGGAGCAAUGGCUGACAUGAUGAAGAACAUGGAUAUGGGAGCCAUGAGUGACAUAAUGAAGAACAUGGAUCUUGGCGCUAUUUCUGGACUCAUGAAGAACAUGGAUAUGGGAGCAAUCUCGGGACUCAUGAAGAACAUGGAUUUGGGAGCUAUUUCUGGACUCAUGAAGAACAUGGACAUUGGAUCUAUCAUGAGCAAAAUUGACAUUGGCGCAAUUACAGGAAUGAUGAAGAACUUCGACUUCGGAGCAAUGAAAGAUAUGGUAAAGAACUUUGAUUUCAGUUCCCUCAACCUUGAUAGCCUUAUCAAUAUGAAAGAUCUCGCCUGGGAGUACCUUGAGAAGAAGGGCAUGCCAGUUGACGAUCCAAUGGAGUUCUUGAACUUUGUGCACGAAAAAAUGAAGAGCAUCCCACUGCCACCAGGUGUUGACAUCACCGCCAUCUUAAACAUGGUUCACGGACAGCUCGAGGCUAUGGGAUUCCCAGAGGACAAGACUAAGAUUAAGGAAUGGCUUAUGGACCAGGCAGGACUUAUUGGUAUCAAGGACAUUGAAGAACUCAAGGACCCAGAAGUAUUGUCUCAGGUAAUGAUGAAGAAGGCCUUCCGUAUGCUCGGUAUUAAUGAAAAUGAAGACCCCACUGUUGUCAAGGACAGGAUCAUUGAGCAACUCACAGAGGAGGCCAACAAACUCGGAGCUUCAGUAUCAAAGGACAGCACACCAGAACAACUCAUGCAAGAGAUGGACAAGGUUCUCACCAAACAGCUCAACGACAUGGUCGGUAUCAAGGCCGAUGCCUUCAAGACUGGAUCAAUCCACAAGGCCGCCAUGGAGAAACUCCAGAAUAUGGGCAUCCCAGUCAAUGACUUCGGAGCAAUGAAGAAAUUUGUUAUGCACAAAGUAAUGAAGCAGAUGAUGAAAUCAGUGGCCCCAAUGGUCAUGAACUUCUUCUUCCCACGACCAAGACCACAUCCAGUACCACAAAUGACACCUAUGAUGCCACCAAUGAUGCCACCACAACAGAUCCCAAUCAACCUUGACAUUGAACUGAACGUGGAACAAGCCGGACCAAGAAUGAUCCCAAUGCCCAUGAUGAUGCCCAGAUAUCUCCAUGGAGCUGAGCCAGCUAUGGAGCACCCUGCCUUGGAGGAGUUGACCGAAGAGGAGAUGUUCCACCACAUCAUGGCAGUGAGGCACGGACUCAUGACCGGUGAGAUGCCGGAAGAAGUUCUCCAGGAAAUGAUCGAGGACCUCAUGACUGCACGACUGAAGACACGUGUAUUGACCGUGAGAAACAUGUUCCUCCAGGACCGUCUGGCUGCUAUGGAACACGAGAUGGAUAUGAUGCAACACGAACAAGAGAUUGAACCAGAUCAAGCCCGCCCAGCCAGGCCACACAGACCAGCCAGAGAACCCAGGCAGAGCCCGCUCCUUAAGGCUCUCCUCAAACAAAGAGUUCUAUAAAUAAACAUAUACUCUCACUUAUUGCUAAUCGCGACAAGAAAUGUUUUGUGAAUGAAAAAUGAAAACAACAAUAAUUUGAUACCGAUUGUGAAUAUUCGUAACUGUCAUUGCUUAUUUUGUGCUUGAUAGCGUUCAAUUUGUUAUUCAAAUGUCUUUCGAUUUAUUAUCUUUCCUUUCGUUGCCAUGACAACACAUGCAUGACUGCUGGUCAGUCUGUUUGAAAGGACCUUAAUGAAACAACCAUCUACAAGCAGUUAUACAGUCAAACCGGUGUAUAUAGACAACUAUUCGCAUCGGCAACACAAACAUUCGAAACGACAUUUUAUACACACGUUUAAAUACACUAAAAUGUUUAUAUUAGAAAUUAAAAUAGUUCUCAAGCGCAGGUCUGACUGUAUAUGAACAUUUUAUUGCUUGUAGACCCUAUGCAAGGGAAACAUCUGUCUCAAUUUGCAAACGGCCAUGAAAAAUAUACUUUCUUGUAUAUGAAAAUCGAACAGCGAGAUACUGGACCACUUUUCUUUCGAUAAAAAAAAAACACAAAAUAAAAAGUCUUAGAAACAUCUUGCAACACAAAUUAAUGAUGUCAAAGUUUGAUAAGUUAUACAGAAAAUAUAUGGCAAAGUCUGGCCUGUUUUGUCACAAUUAUAUGUCUUUGACUUGAAUUCUAUGCUUUGCAUUCGCCAAUGAAUUCCAUGUUUUAUUCCGUUGUUUAUUUGAGUCAUAGACUUAAUAAAUAUGAAUGAAAGAAAUA